GUGACAUGAGUGCAACAUCUUCCAGUGCAGCAGCCAAACAAGACAGUAUGCAAAGUGACAGCAGUUUAUUUUAGAGACAAUGGAGGGUUUUGAGUGAUGUUUAACCUGAAGAUACCUCCAGCAUCGACAUGCAGCGCCACAACAGCGCCUCCCGUUGCUCCGUACAACAAAUGACAUGUCUGCUUUUGUCACCGACAGCUGAGCGAGUCAGACAGUCGUUUGGUUUGGUUUGCCUGUGGUGCUAACCAGCCAGCAACAACCAGCCGUCUGAAUGUAGAUCCGCAUGGGCUACUACGACUCUAUCUCUCCGAAUAACCCAGCGGAAUCAUAAGAUAAGGAUCCCAGGAUGGUCUUAGUGCAUGUCGGAUAUCUGGUUCUUCCUGUAUUCGGCUCAGUAAGAAACAGAGGUACGGUAUUAAUAUUCACAUCGAUUCAAAACAUGUGCCCUGUUUAUCUUAAUAUUCACUGCAGCUGUUGGCUAGCUAGCUCGAGCGCAGCCCUCGGGUUAGCUCGCGCUAGCCAGCUCCAAAUUCACGGUGAAUUUAUGCGCAAAACUGACCGGCAAAACUGCUAUUUUAAGAAUUGGCAACAGCGGAUACAUUCUGGACCCGAAUUUGUGCGGGUUUUGUGGCUGUAAUUGUGCCCGAAAACGGUUAGAAAUAGCGCCGUUUGAGAUAAGCUAACUGGCUUGUUGGCUCAGGCUAAAUCUUGGACGGGAAAUAUUUUCCACAAAGGAUUCCUCAUGCACUGCGCGUGCGGUGCGAAGAUAUUCCAUGUUAAACCCAACAGCCGCGCACGAGAAAAAUCAGUCAUAGACAGACAAAUCUGUGUACUUUUAUUGGUGGUAUUCUCAGCAUUUAGGUGCACUCUGAAUUCUCACGGUGCGCUUUCGUGCAUUUGCACUGUAAAAUACCGCAAAAUAGACGUAGCCUCUCCAGCCAGUCAGCUUAUCUGUGCCUGGAUGAUGUCAUUUGAAGAUCACCUUCUUAGGCUCGCGCUCGGCUUUUCUUCCACCCGUGAUUUCAGUAAUUAUUAUCCGUGUCAAUUGGCCAAUGUCCUAAUCGAUUCAUAAGUGAUUAACCCGGGGAGCGCCGACUCUCCCGAGCCGUCAGUCUAUUAUCAUUUGUUGUUUCCUUUUGCUGUUAUUUGCUAAAAGGCAAUUCAGCAGCUGUUUGUUUGAAGCUGCCGAAUUGCAAAGAGACCGGAGUAUGCGGUCACAGUGAAACAAUAAUAAAGCUACAGUGUAACAUUAAUUUCAUAACAGUGGCGUCAGUGAUUUCAUUGUGCUUUUAUUUCUGUUCUUAUUUCCCUGUUUCAUAGUAUGGAGGCUGGCUCUACAUUCUGCAUUUAUCAGAUCUUUGUCGUCCCCCCCAUUGUGUAGCUAAUGAUCAUCUGCUGCUGUGUGGUGUGGCGUGGCCUCUGCCUGUUCUCUGCAUUUAGCUGUAUUGUGAAUCCCUUCUUCAUUUCCUCUUUCCAUCAGAAGACGACAUUGGUAUUAAAAAGCACCCCCCUUCCCAAGAUGUUAUUCAGCCAUAGACUUUCCAUGUUAAGCAGACUAAAACAAUAGCUAACACCUAGAACAGAGCACCUUUUUGUCUUUUUUUCUGUCAAAUUGCUGUAGCACUGAGUAAACAUUUUAGCUCCUUUUUUUAGAUUAUCAGUUGAAUGUCAUUGUGUACCUCCCAUCCAGUCUUGAUAGACAACAUGCUGUAAAUUCCUGUAAAGUGGAUACAUUUUGCAUGAUCUUAAAUACUGCACUGCAUUGUUGAACACCAGAAUUUGGCUCAUCUUCCUUCUCUUCACACAAGGUGCAAUGUACAUGAUUAAAGUGACCCGCUUAAAAAAAGAAUUAAAAGCAUGCGAAUUGGAGUCUCGAGCAUGCCGGUAUUAUCGUUUGACUCAGCAUUUCAACAAAUGCUGUCAUGUGAUCACUUGAAAUGACUGAAAGUACACUGCACCUGCACACAACAACCUGCCAUAACUGUCUCCAUUUUUGUGUAAUCCUUUUGUUCCCUUUUGCAAAUUUCAAGCUUCGAAUCACACUGAAUUGUCAGGGAUGUUUGACCCUUUUGGGACAAACAAACUUAUCAACAUUUUUAAUCAAGCAAAACACGCUCACUGGUGGUUCAUCACUUCCCAAUUUUCCCCACUAACAUGAGGCCAAAAUGCUAUCCAUUUCACAGGGAUGCCUAUUUUCCUGCACUGCUAAAGAGAUCCUCUAUUAGUAAUAACGUCUUUAUUGUUUGGUUGUGGUCUCUCUUUACCUUUUGUUCUGGUAAUAGUACUUUCAAUGCAUGGUCACAUUUAUGAUUCAUAAUUUUUGUUUUUUGUUUUUCUACAUUGACUAGUGAAAAUCCAAUGUAAUCUUUCUGUAGUAAAGAUGUACCCUGCUGUACUUGAAUCAUGUGCUGUAGCCAACACGUCUGCUCAUUGGAUGCCGCUUUUGUUCUUUUUAACCCUAUAUGGAGCAUGGUGGGCCUUGCCUUCAGUCUAUGUUGGUUAUUUUUGUUGCAUGGAUUUAUACUAUUAUUACAAACAAACAAAGGAAAAAAAAAUAUUACAAAUUCCACAUUUACUAAUAUCUUCAAUAAAGAAUAUAGUGUUUUUCCUAACCUUCAGUGUGCUUCUUGCUGAUUUCCAUUUAUUGUCCUCCCUUUCCCUUGUCCCUACCUGCCCCCCUCCCCUCCCCUUUACCUCCACCCCCUCACCCACCUCCUCUCCCGCUGUGACAAAGAUAGACAAUUUCCACGCUUCCUCCAUCACAGGGCCUGAAUGAGUCUAUCUGCUGUCAUUCAUGGUGAUCGUUUUCACUGAGACGCUUGAAAACGCAGUGUGCUCCUUACAGUCUAGACAUGAACCUUUGACCCACAGUAUUAAGGUCACCUCGUGUCUGCCCGGCUACACCGAUGACCCGUCAGGCUGAAAAUAUUGCCUGGGGUCUCGCUCUUUGUCUCGCCGGGUUUUGUUUAAAAAUCCAUACUGCAUUUUUCAAGCGUACUCCUAGUAAAUGCAAUGUAGACUUUGCCAAUUUCCUCAUAAUUAAAAAAAAAGAUUUUCAACUGUUACUACAGAUAUUAUCAUCUGAUCCACUCUACACAUGCAGGUUAAUCUUUUACAAACUGCACAAUUUUCACCUGUAAAGUAGAGGGUUGGUGUAAAAUUCCCUGCUUCAGUUACAGUACGAUGAAUCUUGCUCCACUGCAGGCCUGUUAAAGCUGCCUCUGGCUUUCCUUGAAAGUUUCCAAUCAAUGCAAUUUUCUUUUUUUACAGGAACUUUUUUUUGCCUAUCAUUAAAAAAAGCCAGACUCACUUUUAAAGUUGAAGCACGACAUUGAGACCAUAUUGUAUUGCAGCGCAAGUUAGCCUGUCUUUUUCUCCUCCUUGAGUCUGCACAGCAGUCUGUUUCGCAGCAGUCGCCAAAUAGCUGUGGUUGGAGAGAGAAAAAAAAAGCAUUCGAGCUAUUUCCUCUCAACUCCUGAAUGUUAACAGGGGUAGACAACAAGUAGAGCUUUAGUUUAUGUGUUAGACACAAAAAUACACAGGGUUUUGUUAAAAAACUUAUAUUUAGUCAAGUAAACUUACCGCUCGGUUUAAUUUUUAUGAAAAGAGAUACUGUGUUGUACAGUUACAGCUAGAGACUUGGCAGAUUUAAACAGAUAAAUGUAUAUUGAGCAGACAGCCAGGGAUUCAAGGUUUUACUGCGAGUGCACUGACCCAUCGUCAGCUGCAGAGUUUACAAGAGCUGAGCUGUGCUGAAGACCAUGUACAGGUAGAUUUCAUCUGCUCUGAUCCAGUUCGCUUUUCUGUGAAUCAGAAGAACCAGGAGUCGAUCCAGAUGUUGGAAAUGCAAUAAAAGAAAGCUCACGUUUUGUGCGCAGGACCAAAAAAAAAAAAAAAAAAUGGUCGUCAUGUUCAUGGUACUUGUGGUAACCAUCAUUUUCCCACCCCCCCUCAGAAGUAUUUUUCACCCUAGGUAAGAGGUAGGGCUUCAUUAACAUGCUUUUUCACACACACAGUGACACCACAUUUCACCCACAAUUAAUUCCAGCUAAUCUCUUCCUCCGGGUGCCUGACUUCUUCUCCUUAUCCUCCACAGGAUCCCAUUUCAACCGGCAACAGACACAGCAGCAGCAGCAGCACAGCCAUGCUACCUCUUGCCGGCACUUCCAGUUAGGUCCUCAGGCCCCGCUGCCCAUGGACUUCCCCAUGCCCCACCCAGGGCAGCCACAGUCAGGCAUUAACCCCCACCUGGCCCCUCCCGGCCACCAGCAUGGCCCUCCGCUCCACCCGCCCCUCAACCCCUUACCUGCCCCCCAGUUCCAGGACAUCCCUGCCCCUCCCUUCCUACCUCAGGCAUUACACCAGCAAUACCUCCUCCAGCAGCAGAUCCUUGAGGCCCAGCACCGACACAUCCUGCCACCCUCCAGGUAUCAAUGUUGACAGUUAAUCAUAUAGUGGAAGUAGACCAUGAAAGACUACUGUAUCGCCGUUUUAUUCAAAUUCAUUUGUCUACAAGGAUGUUAUCAAAUGCGAAAUUAUUUGUUGUAGCAGACGCACCCCAGAAAGAGUUCCACACCAGCCCCACAGACUGCGGCCCGGCUAUGAGUUUGCUCCGCCUCUUCAUGUCCCUCCUCAGCCUGUGGUGCAGCAGCCCCGGUACCUUGCUGAGGGCACAGACUGGUGAGCAUGAAUCCAGUAAAAUCAAAGAGACAAGUAGUCUUUCCUUACUGCUGUAUCACUACAUAUGGAGUUUGUUUCGAUUAGUAUGCAGGACUAGACGUGUCAGUGAAACACAUACUUGGACAGGACAGUCUCCUCUCGUUUGUCUUUCUUGGCGUGACUGCAUCAAAGUGUCUCAAGUUCUGAGUAGGGAAGAGAUAAAAAGAGUUUAAGACCAAGUUGAAAUACAGCCCAGAGCGAAACAAGUCUUUUUGACAGUCAAAUUGACAGUGAGCAUUGUUAAUGUCUCGCAAAAGGUUUAACACUCUAAAAGUUUUAGAAAGGUUGAAACGAGAGUUAGAUAGCCGCUCACAGGAGCUCAAAAGUUUCAAGGUCAUUGUGCUUUUAAUAGAAACAAAAUUGUUCCAUCUCUCUGUGGCAGCUGUGCGGCAAGAGCUUCGUACUAACCCUUUAUUCUGCUAAUACAUGAUUUUGGGGCAACUAUUUAAACUUUCCUCCAGUUCAAGAUAACCGCUUAGAUUUCUUACUUGCACAGCACAUUUUAUAUCUAUGUAUGUUCUGUGUUCAUAUUGGAAACUACUUCAAAUUGCAUGAGUUUACUCCUCAUUUCUGGCUGGAAAUCAUGUUGUAGAAAUCCGCUAUUAUCAAAAACCCAUUCAUCAGGAAUUUGAUGAAGUACUGACUCGUGUGCCUCUGGUAAAUGUGUUUUUUUUUCUGCUCAGGGAUCUGAGUGUAGACGCCGGGCUGCCUCCUCACCAGUAUCACAUCCAUCCGCUGCCACAGCACUAUCAGCACUACUUGACCUCUCCUAGGAUGCACCACUUCCCUAGAAACAAUGCCUCAACACAAGUGGUGAGCGCCUUCUCGCCUCAGCGCAAUCAAUCAUGUUUGUCUGGAUGAACUCCCGACAGUUCUUCCCCGGGUUUCUGAGAUUGGAGUCGAUCCCCAACAGCUGUCUGAUGACCAGUGUUUUUAUCAUUUUUGAUUUGUGCCGCAGAGCUGACUCUGGCUUCUUUUAUCUGUCAUCUCCCAGGUUGUCCAUGAGAUCAGAAACUACCCGUAUCCCCAGCUGCACUUGCUGGCUCUGCAGAGUCUCAAUCCAUCUCGCCACGCGUCUGCUGUUAGAGAGAGCUACGAGGUUCGGGCUGCUGCUUCCUCUCUCCUCUGCACACACAUACACACAGACACACACACCAGUCUAAACUCAUUUAUCUUUGUUUUACUCUGUAACCAAUGCUCUGGACAGUCUCGAGUGUGUAACUGAUUUUCUUAUUUCCAAUUACUUCUAGUUCCAGAUGCUUGAAAUGGUCUGACUGCCUUUAAUCUUAUUUGUCUUCAUCUGGACAAGAUGCAAUUGUCUUUCGAGAGGCUCUUUCCUGUUCUUUAAAGCAGCACUCAUUUCAUUUUAUCACAAGGCUCCCUACUUAUAUGUCAUUUUGCACUUGAAUACUUUAUGAUAUAGUGUUGUUGAAUUAAAGGGAUGUUCUCUUUGAGACUUUAACCUCAUGGAAUUAAGAUAUGAAUAUAUGUUGUUGAUAUUAUAGGAGCUUCUGCAGCUGGAGGACAGACUUGGCAGUGUAAACCGUGGAGCUGUUCAAACCACCAUAGAGAGAUUCACCUUCCCCCAUAAGUACAAAAAGGUAAACUUGUCCUUUUUUUAACUUGUGUUUUUUUUAAUCUGGUAUGGUUAGGACUCGGCGUUAAGCAAGAACUCAAUCGAGCUAUAUGUGAGAGAUGGAAAUUGAAGAGGGCAACGGCAGGUCGAACAGGAUCAAAGAGGAAAGUGGAGGAAGGUCCUGCAGCAGUUCAAAGGUCAAACUAAUUUCCGUUCGCACAUUAGUGAGGCAGGUCUGCAGUGUGCACAAGUCAAGGCUAGGGAUGACUCAUCCAGCUGUCUGCAGAUAUGAACGUGGAAUGAAUUUAAAAAUGCGUCUACGCUGAAUGUGACCCAAAUACUCUGGGAAGAGAGUCGGAUCAUUCGCUACAUUCUGAGCGGGGAGAAGUAAUUGAGUCUUUUCCAUCUGAUGUUUAUCUUCAUCUGGGAAGUAUGAGGAGGUGACUCUUUCCUCCCAGUCUUGGCUUACAGAGAGACACCAGCGGCAUAAACACAAGAGCUCCCAACACGCAGCUGCACCACCGGCUUUAAUAAUUAAAGACUGUUUGGAUUUUUCCUGUGCAGAGAAUACCCCAGGACCUGAAGAUGUGUCUGGAUGACGAGGAGCUGGACACAGAUGAGAAGUGCACCAUUUGUCUGUCAAUGCUGGAGGACGGAGAGGAUGUCAGGUACAUUUUUACACUUUUAUUUCACUUUUUCAAAGGUGACAGUGCAGCUUAUGCGGGUGCAGUCAGUGUCAGUCUAAUGGUUAUUUUGUCAUCAAGUCAGAUUGACAUUUACUCCAGAGGAAAAUACGUGAACAGCUAUUGAAUUUGAUGAAUUGAAUGGACUGUAUUGUGGCCUCACAGCAUGGAGGAGUCUAUUAUCAGUCCUGGUCGGAGCCUCUCUGUGUGGAGUUUGUGUGUAUGGUUUCUUUCAGGGAUCCUCCCAUUGCGCAAAGACAUGUUUGAUAGGUCAACUGGUGACUCUUGGUAUGUGAGUGUCUUGUCGUUUGCCCACAUAUCAGGCCUGUGAUGGACUGCUGACCUGUCCAGGGUGUACCGCGCCUCUUACCUGGUGAUAGCUGUUGUAGGUAGUGUAAAUAGUGGAUGGAUGGACUUCAGAUUUUCAUGGUUCCUAACAAGAUGAACUGUGUUGCCUGGUUUAUUUUCGCAACAUAAACAGGUUGACAUCUGUGUGGAUGGACUUUUAUAUAUAUAAUGUUCUGAUGUAUUUACAAUACAACACAAGAACUUUAUUUCUCCCCAAAGGAAAAUUCCUUGAAUUCAGUCCAGUUAUUUAAUCGAUAAAGAUUAAUUAUCAUCCAUCUCAACAAGAAUUUUGCCCUAUAUGCCCUAUAUUGCGCUAUUAUAGGUUUUAAUUUCAUGUCCAGUACUUUGUAGAAAAAUCCUAUAAAACCUCAGCAUCCUGUCAUUACCAUGAUUUCACUCAAGGGUAUUUAAGUAUGACUAUUUAAACUGGGACGCCUUCAGAACCAAAAUGGUCAGUGCCUUUUGUCAUUAAGCUUAAAUACCUUAAAUCCAUUAUCAUGAAAAUGUGCUCUUUAGUUUGUGUAUUCAUCUGACCAAAGUAGAGGGAUUUCUUGUUUAUUCACAUUGUUUGUUUAACAUCCAGCCUCUAGAAUGCAGCGGGCUUAGACACAGAGUGGUACAGACUGAGUCUGCAUUGCUGCUGUUCAAAAAAACGCUCUUGAAAAUCCUAGAAGGAUUUCUCAUCCCCAUCUCGAAAAAAUCGCUCCUAGGCAACGUUAGCAUUUCACAGAGUCUUGUGAUGUGAGCCUAGUGUCGUCAUCUGUCAAACUGGCACGGUGACAGAGAAGUUAUACGGCUCUGUGGAGAAAGAAAAGAGAGGGAACAACAGAGAAAGUGAACUUAAGUUUUCUUGAACCUGUAAUUUGUGAGGCUGUGUUGAGUUUUGUAAAAUCUGAUCCACAGAGAGAAGUGAAAAAGCUCAUUUUAAAAAAUAAAUUCCUACUCUGGGUGUUUCAGGUUUGAUUAAAUAAGCCAAAAGUUUAAUGUUAAUGAAAGGAACUAUGGGAAAAGCUUACGCCUUUGCUUCUCGACCUCUCUGAAGACACACGAUCCUCCCCAAAUCACUGAGGGUUAUUUAUCUAUUUUUAAUGUAAUCAUUCUGCAAUAACUGACGAUUCUUAGUGGCAGCACUCGAACCAAAUGGGAAUAUUAAAGAGAAAUUUUAUCACAAGAAUGUCUCACUUGUGGAACAAUGAAGUUUAUCUUAUCUGUCGCUCAACAUGGUCAGGAUUUGAAGCAUGUUGCAAACAUUUUAAGCUCAGGAUUUGCUUGAUGUGAAGUUAAUAUUUCCAACCUUCCCCAUCAUAGUGUGGUGUGAAAUAGGGACACAUCACUUAAAGGUUUCUGCACCAAGAAUUAGGACUGUUCUGUUCAAAAGCACAGCCAAAACACACUUCCGCCCAGCUACAUCUUUGAAUUAUUUACCAGUGAUGAAUUUUUACUAUUUUUGCAUUCGAGCCAGUCAAUGAUUUGAUGAUCUUGUCAUUUAAUACAUUACUGUGGAGCGCUUUGUGAAAGCUGUUUUAUGUUGUAUUUGAAAAAGGGAUUUAUGAAUAAAUCAUGUAUUAUCCUUUUAAUGGUAAAUGGUGCAUGUACGUGGGAUAAAUGAUUGCUAUUAGUGCUAUAAAUAGCUGUGGAAGUGCCUAAUUACUGCUGCUCUGAUGCUGUUGGAGAACCUUGUUGAAGUGAUACAAUCAGUGAAUCGCAUUUCUUUGCUUGUCUCCUCACAGACACGUCUAAUGAGUGUCACACAGGCACAUAAAGCUGCAUGCCAACAAUCAUUGAAUCUCUUUUCCACCUGUAAUUCUGACAGAAAAAACUGAGUACGCUGAUGUGUUCUCGCUGGUUGUAGUUAGAGUUCUGAAAAUCUUAUAAAAAUGCUGUUAAAGAAAUAAACGACAAUUUAAAUAUGAGUUUUUGGUUUGGCUGAAAACUAAAUGACUAAAAAUGUCCCCAUAAUGAUUAUUCUGCGAUUUGAUUUCCUAUAAUUGGUCUGAUAUUUCAUUCUUAGUGGUAUUAAAAAGGCUCUUAAAGCCUUAAACUAGCACGCCCUAAGCUGUAUGAACCCUGUGACAUUUUCCAAAGAUCAGUGCUAAAUCUGUUUUAAAGUCCUGGCUAUGUCUCUAUUCCGUCUGCAGGAGGUUACCCUGCAUGCACCUCUUCCACCAGGCGUGUGUGGACCAGUGGCUGGCCACCAGCAGGAAAUGCCCUAUCUGCAGGGUGGACAUUGAGACCCAGCUGACCCCCGACAGUUGAUAGCUCCUGAUGACCCCUGCAGCUUUGGAUCUGGAUCUUGUUAAUUCUCCGUCGCCUCCCUCUGGGGAGGGGGGGAAGCUCUGCCAAACCACCCCUCCUUCCCUCUCCGCAUCUCUCUACAAGCCUGCCUUCUGAGACAGCUGUGACGGAGGGAUCAACAAAGCACACUCACCCGCAACACAACGAGGGAUGGGGGGGUUGAUGCAUUGAGAGUUGGGCUGGACUGAAGGUUGGUUGAAUGAGCAUACAGAUGUUAAAGGAAGGAGGAGCGGACAUGUAUGGACAGAUGUGCUGAGGCUUCACACGAUUCUGUCAGAUUGUGUUUCCUGUGUACAUUUCUCCAUACAGCCACGUUAGAGAAAGAGAGAUAACACUCUUGACUAUCAACCUGUGUGUGCUGUAUUAAGGCCAUUUCUCUGCCACUAUGUCUAAACCCUGUCCCCCCGCAGGCCUGUGAAAAAUCCUCUAAGCUGCACUCUGCCCAAGCCCUCAGCACAUCUGUACAGAACAAUUUAAAAUGAUUAGCAUGAGGUUGUUUGGUGUGAACUCUUGUAGCUGAACGCUUGUGGUGUAAUGGAGUAUAGUACUGACAAAGUAUUUACAGAGUAACAGUGUUGUGUAGCAAGCAAAAGCCUUUAUGAGAAAUAUGUUUGUGAAAAAGUAAUCCUACGGAGAGGGAGACCACAGCUCUACCAGAGAGAGUAUUCAGUGUGUUCAAUCAGUGGGGAAAGAGCUAGUUGUGUUUAAAAAAGGCCAAAAAUCCCUCUUUCUUGUCUAACAUGGUUUUUGGAUUUACAGUUAGUAGAUGCCAUCAGAGUUGAUGCUAAACCCGCUAACUGCAGGCAUGGCUUCCAGUGAUCUGUGUAGUGUCGUAGUCAGGCCUCUAUAAUCUAGAACAGAGGCCUCAGAUGUGCAUGCUGUAUGGCAGGCUUGGGCUGUGUCGUUAUAAUAUUGUGGAGCAGUAGAAAACAGGGACUGUGUCUGUGCAUGUGAACCGUAUACUAUGACUCUGACGAUCCCACUCAUUCAUAGAGGAGGACAAGAAUGCACCUAACACCCCCCCACCCCACAUACCCCCCACCCUCCCCGCACCCCCAUCCCUACUCAUCCAGAGUAGACCAAAGUUGCCCUUAGACACCGAUCUCACACCGAUGUAGCAUUUCUCUCCUGACACUCCACGUUUCAAGGAUUCAAAGAGCUGCUAGCAGAUCCGUGUCUAACUGCAACUCCUCUGUGUUGCCUCGCUCAUGUCAUGGCGCAAUCAUGACAUGAGAGGCCGGCAUGGGCUUGAGGAUGUAGUGCCUGAGUCUUGCCAUCAGAGUGACUAAAAUCUGACAUUUGUAUUACCUUUUACCAGAACCUUAUUGCCUAUCGAACAAGCACAUGUGAUUUCUAUAUACAGUGAAUCGCCUCUUGUCGUGUAUCGGCUCCUUUUUAUUUCAAUCUGAGUUGUUGCUCCUGCUGUUUGAUAAAAAAAGACUGUGUCUGGUGUUACAGGGAAAAUACAAACUAGUUUGCCUGUGAUAUUUGCUAGAAUGUGUAUGAUUGUCCCCCACCUCCCCCUUCCCCCAUGGUAGUCGUGUAUGGUAUUGCUAGAACAACUGUGAUACGUUCAGUGAUAGAAGCCGUUUUCUCUUUAUCAUGCAUGAACCAUGUCGGCGUAGUUCACUUGAAGGAGGGUGAAAGGGAGAAAAAGCCAUCCAUUUGAAAAAUACCAAACAAUUGUUCUUAAGAUUAAUUUUAUUUCAACUGUCUUCUUUCUGCCAUUGUUUUCUUUUUUCCUUAUUACCUGUAUUUUAUUUUUGCUCACAUGCCAAUUUGGACAUGGUACUAAUAUGCCAAGUCCCUGUCCAUUUUAACCAUAGUGAAGAAAAAGCUGCAAUGCUGCAAAAACAUAUUUAUUGUUGUUCUAAUGUAGCUUGUGUUUUGUAAAUGCACUAUAAUAUGGAGUUGCCUGAUUUUUUGGUUUGGUGGUGUGGGUUCUUCUUGUCCUAGAUUUUGUGUUUCGAUUCAGUUCAAAGUAUUUUCAUGCUUCCUUGUGUAUUAUUGGAGGGUAACUUGACUGUUUGUGUUGCGUUUUUUCUUUUUCUUUUUUGUGUGAAACCUCCAUCCAAAAAACUACAGAUGGAUGAAAAUGGAGGUUUGCUAGUUCACAUAGAAUGCUGUGAUUAAAGAUGCCUUAAGUAUUUAACAAUCAUUAUUUAUUACUAACUGUAGCUAGCUAGCUAUUGUGGUGGAAUAUUUAAUGUCUCUAUCUCAUAACUUUGCAAUUUAAUCAAUAUAUUUAUUUAAAAUAACACAAAAUAUUAAAAAAAAAGAAUACCUCAUUAUGCAUUGGUCGGUGGGGAUGCUUUUGCAUGCCGUCUGUGUUUUCUUUUCAAAGGAGAAAAAAAAGAAACUUGUGAAAAUUUGACUUUGGGGGGCUGGGGUGUUUCCCAACACAUUUUCUAGCCAGCAUGGUGCUGUUGAUCUGGACUACAUUCCAUUAAUGUCACCUCUUUAUUUCAGUUUGAAGUCGUUUGUGUUUUUCAAUAACAUCCCUGCUUGAUAUAAAGCAGACUUGAGGGGAGUCAAACCCUCUUUUUUUGUCUUAGUAUGGCUCCACAAUUAGCUUGCUUUUGUUAUACAACAAUAUUGCUUUGUAUCCCAUAAUCAGUCAUAAUUGAUUUGAUCUUUUUCUUUUAUUAUGACCAUUUCAUCAUCAUAUCUGAAUCUCAAUUAAGAGCUUAUUCUAAUUUCGGACCCACAUAACGAGCGGUUUUAUUUGCUUUAUGUGGGACUUUGGGAAGUAUCUAACAUGCUAACUUGAGCCAUUGGUCUUAUUGAGCAAAUUUCUGGUGUACUGUGGUUAUACAAUAUAGAUAGCGUGUUUUACACCUGGGUAUAAUAAGCUAACUACGUUUCUCGGUGUGCAUUUCUUAUUAAUACUCUACUAAUCCUGCAAAUGAAUAUAACAUGUAUUGGAUUGGAAUGACGCUGGCUGGUCUUACUAUUAUUGUUAUUAUUAUUAUUAUUAUUAUUAUUAUUAUUUCAUUUCGUGCUCUCACUGGCCUUACCCCACGUCCUCCACAGUGUACCCCAUUUACUCCAGAGCGAACUGGACAGUAGCCAUAGUAUUAACUCAAGCUGAUGAACCGGAAUGAACAGUAGAACUUAAAGCACAAGCUUUUUAAUGCAUGUCCUUCUCAGGUUUUCCUAUGUGUAUGUGGGAGUAGCUCUGUAGACGUGUUUAAUAUGAUGCUGUACCUUCUUGAAUAUUUCAGAUGUUUCUUUGCUGCUGAAAAAAUGUUGAUUAUUAACCUGCCAGUGAAAAAGGGAUGUGGCCAUCUUUGUACAACACACUGCUGUUUUGCUGUAACCGCGCAAUGUUUUAUGAUCUUGAGUAUUUUAUAGAAAAGUAGAAGUAUGUAUCAAUAAUAUGAAAGCAAUAGCUAAAUCAUAAUGAAGAAUAACAUGAUCAGUGAAUAUUGUGGAAAUCUUUAGAUUCACUCUGGGUGGAUUUUGUACUGUAUUUAUUACUAAUGAUGAUGCAAAAAGUUGCAUAGCUUAACCCAAACUGUUCUGUCUCUUUUUUAUUUAUUGUCUUGUAUAUGAUCUUUUUGUAUGUGUUUUUCAAAUAAACUGCCUAAAAUGCUGAUGACUAA